AUGUCAAGCUGUCAACAAUUAUUAUUGUCAUCUAUAUGCAUGAUUCUUUAUUGUGAUCCCAUCUUGUUGAAAUUUCAGAUAACUUGUUCUAACUAAAUCCUUUCAACUAUUAACAUCUUCAGUAUAUAGUCAUUUAAGCCAAAAUGGGAAGUCCUGAAAGAGAAUUGUGCCCACCGCCUUCAGAAGAAGAUGAGUUAACUCUACCCAGAGCAAGUAUCAACAAAAUGAUAAAGGAACUGGUACCAUCCGUCAGGGUAGCUUUUGAGUCACGAGAAUUAAUUCUAAACUGUUGCACAGAAUUCAUACAUCUCUUGAGUUCAGAAGCCAACGAAGUUUGCAAUCAGAGUAAUAAAAAGACUAUCAAUGCUGAGCAUGUUCUCACAGCCCUUGACAGACUAGGUUUUAGUGAUUAUACCUUAGAAGCCGAAGCUGUAUUGAAGGACUGUAAGGCUGUUGCUGCAAAACGAAGGAGACAAAGCACAAGACUCGAAAAUUUGGGUAUACCGGAAGAAGAGUUGUUAAGACAGCAACAGGAACUUUUUGCAAAGGCUCGUGAAGAACAAGCCAAACAAGAACAACAACAAUGGCUGUUAUUACAACAACAAGGAUUAGUAGGAGCUGAGGGUGCUCCACAGCCUUACAUACCCCCACCUCCUGGCCCCAGGGUUGAUGAUGAAGAAGAUGAUGAUUACUCAUAGAAAUAUUCCAUUCAUUAUAACUUUACCCCAUAAGAGGUCAUUAAAACAUUAUGUAUUCUUGUGUACUAAAUAAUAUUAUGGAGUGAUAAUCUUUAUUUGUAUGCUAAAGAUAAUUAAAUAUUUGCAUAUGCAA